GCGGGGAGCAGCGGGGAGGGCAAGAAGCUCAAACCCAUCCCCUGGGUGGAGAAAUAUCGCCCCAAAAAUGUGGAUGAAGUCGCCUUCCAGGAUGAAGUUGUUGCUGUGCUCAAAAAGUCCUUGGAAGGUGCUGAUAAAGGUCAUUCUUGUGCUCCAAAAGCUGUUUCUGUUUUCAUGGACUGCUAAUGCCAGCUGAAGUGGUCAGUGGAUGUUCUGAAAAUGAUGUUUGUGAUACAGCUAUCUGCUCACCAAGAGCUAAAAGAAACCUUUCAAAGUUUUAUGCAAGAAGCCUUUCACUGAUAGUGUGCUCUGAUGCACAGUAUGCACAGCUUCCCAAUCUGUUGUUCUAUGGCCCGCCUGGAACUGGAAAGACUUCCACUAUUUUAGCAGCUGCUAGAGAACUCUAUGGGCCUGAAUUAUUCCGGCAAAGAGUCCUUGAGUUAAACGCUUCUGAUGAGCGUGGAAUACAAGUGAUUCGGGAAAAAGUGAAGUCUUUUGCUCAGCUAACUGCAUCUGGAAGCCGUUCAGAUGGUAAAGUUUGUCCUCCGUUUAAAAUUGUAAUCCUGGAUGAAGCAGACUCAAUGACAUCAGCAGCCCAGGCAGCCUUAAGACGCACAAUGGAAAAAGAAUCUAAAACAACACGUUUCUGCCUUAUUUGUAACUACAUCAGCAGAAUAAUUGAACCUUUAACAUCUCGAUGCUCCAAAUUCCGCUUCAAGCCUUUGUCAGACAAAAUCCAACAGCAGAGACUAUUGGAGGUUUCUGAGAAGGAACAUGUGAAAAUCAGUAGUGAGGCAGUAUCUUACCUUGUUAAAGUAUCAGAAGGGGACUUAAGAAAAGCAAUUACUUUUCUUCAAAGUGCCACUCGCCUAAUGGGCGGGAAAGAGAUCACAGAGAAGAUAGUCACUGAAAUUGCUGGGGUCAUCCCUAAAGAAACAACGGAUGAACUGCUCUCUGUCUGCCAGAGUGGUUCAUUUGAGAAAUUGGAAACACUGGCAAAGAAUCUCAUAAAUGAAGGGUAUGCUGUUGCUCAGCUUGUAAACCAGCUGCAUGAUACCGUUGUUGAGAGUGAAGAUUACAGCGACAAGCAGAAAUCUGUCAUAGUUGAGAAACUUGCGGAAGUAGACAAAUGCUUGGCUGAUGGUGCUGAUGAAUUCCUGCAGCUGAUGAGUCUCUGUGCCCUUGUGAUGCAGCAGCUAACCCAGAACAUUUAACUGCUGGCAGCAGAGCAGCUUGUUUUGUGGGUGGUGAGGUUCUCAGAGCAGGGACCUGCAGGCUUUUGUACUGUUUUUUGCAAUAAAAGGACUGCUCAGCAGUUGGAAAAGCUCAAGCUGGGAUAUCUGAACUUCUUUAUGCUAGGUUAAAGAUCUCUGGCUGCAGCAGGGCCAGUAAUGCUCCUGCUUUGCAGUUCUUGGUGGU